AUGCCUCCUUCGCUCUCGGCUUCUAUAUCUGCUAUUCAGGCCCGAACGGCCUCACUACGGGCUUCGUUGGCCGAGCCGCCAGCGCGCCAGCUUUCGCGCCCAGCAACGUCGUCGUCGGCUGCUCGUCGGCGGACCGCACCGGCAGGCCCACCGCCGCUGGGCCACCUUGCUGCCACCGAUGCAGGAAGUUUGGCCCGGCUCAAGGCGCAGAACGCGUCGCUCUCGCGGGAGGCUGCCGCAGCCGUCGCCCGCGAGGCCCAGCUCGAGCGCAAGGCCAAGCUCGCCGUCCGCCGGGCCGAAGCCGCCGAGUCGCGCGCCCGAUCGCUGGCGGCCUCGGCGGCGUCGUCGGCCGCUACCGCCUCGCCGGACUCGCGCGCUCACCGCAAGGUCAUGGCGCUGACCAAGGAGGUCCAGGGAGUUACCGCAGAGCUGCUUUCAGCCCGCUCGCGCAUCGCCCAGCUCGAGGAUGACCUGAGUCAGGCUCGCGCUGGCAGCCACCAGUCCGACGUCGAUGCCGGCGCCCUCCGGGUCGAGCUCGCCCAGCUCCGCGGCGCUCUCGAUGUCGUCACGGCAGAGCGGGACAAGUUUCGCGGCUCAGCUUCUGGCUACGCCGCAUCGCUGGAAAAGACGGAGGCGACGCUGGCAGAGACCUCUGCUCGCCACGCCGAGCUCGCCGCCGCCCACGCUGCUCUCGAAGCUCAGUCGUCCGAAGCCGCCGCCGACGCCGCCGCUCGCAUUGCCUCGCUCUCACGCGACCUCGACCUCGCCAACUACACCCUCCAGAUCCAGGCGCUGGCGGUCGGUGAGACCUCGGUCUGGCGGACCUCGUUCCUGCAGCAGUCGGCCAGCGGGAAACAGGGCCCGGAUCCAGCCCUCCAGUCGCUUGUACUGCAGCGGCUUGACGCUCAUGAGGCCCAGCUCGAGGCCCAGAUCUCGCUUCGCGCCGACCAAGACGCUGCCUCUCGCAAGAACGUCCGUGCCCUCGACGCCGCCACCACAGAACUCGCUUCUGUUCGCGCCGCCCUCGACUCGAUCACCACUGCUGCCGACAAGCUGCUCGCUGCCGAGUCACGCGCCCUCGACAGCCUUGAGACGGCGCUCCAGGUCGCCGGAGUCGAGCCCAAGACCUUGGUCGGCCCAGCCGACGCCGCCGCCGCCGCUGCCGCCUCGACCGCCUCGGCGCUUGCUGCGUCGGCCGGUGCCACGCCCGCCGCUGCUGGCAUGCUCGAGCGCCUUCGCCUCGCCACCCAGCACGCCUCACUCCGCGCCUCGGCCGUCCGCAACGGCAUCGCCGCCAUUGCUGCCCGCGCUGCCGCUGCCGAAGGCAACGCCGCCGACGUCGGAGACUCGGCCCGCGCCCUGGCCGCCGAAAAGGCCCAGCUGACAUCGACGCUCGAGCGUCUUGCUGCCGAGCACGCCGCCCUUGAGCUCGAGCUUGAUCCGGCCACCACUCGGCUUGCCACGCUCGAAGCCGAGCUCUCCAACGCACUCGCCCGUGCCGACGAGGCCACACAGGCGCUCGCUGCCGAACGAACCGUCACCGCCGACCUCCACGCCCGCCUGCAAGAGGCCCAGCUCGCGCAGCAGGCGCUCACAGACGAGAAUGCCGUCCUCGCCGCCGACCGCGCCACUCUCGCCGACAACGCCGCGUCCCGAGCCGAGCGCGAUGCUGAUGUCGAGCGCGCCUAUGAGGAGGAGCUUGUGACCUCCAACGCCGAAGUCUCUCGCCUCUCCAACCAGCUCCGCGAAGCCAUCGCCGAGCUUCGCGAGUUGGAGGCGCUCAAGGACAAAUAUGCCGACUCGCUCAAUACGCUUGUCCAGCAGAUGGCGGCUCUCGAGCUCGAGCAUGAGACCCUGCUUGGCUCAGUCAACGAGCUCGAGCGGGCUGCCAAUGCGGCACGGACCGAGGCCAACGACGCCAACGAGCACGCGCUCGCCCUUACUCGCGAGCUGGAGGACGCCCGCGAGGAGGCUGCCGCCGCCCUCCGCGCCGCCAAGGAGGCUGCAUCAACUCCAGCCCAGGUCGAGCUCGACUUGGCCGCCCUCCAAGCAGAGCGCAACGUGCUCCGCGCCAACCUCGACGCCGCCAACUCGCGCAUUUCGGCACUCGAGGCUGCCGCAGACCGCGCCGAUGUCGCCCACACUGCGGCGCUCUCCGAGGCCCAGGCCGCUUCGCUCCGGGCCGAGGGCGCCGACCGCUCGCGGAUCAACCACAACGAGCUCAUGGACGAGCUGCUUGAGGCCCAGGCCGCGUUGCGGGAAAAGUCGGCGCUCGUUGCUGCCAAGUCGGAUGCGCUGUCACGGUCGCAGGCCAAGCUCGCCGCCGCCAACGCAGAGCUUGCCGCUCUCCGCACCCGUGCCGCCGCCGCCGCCGAUGCCGACGCUGCCAACGCCAACCUUCAGACUCAGAUCGCUACUCUCUCGGCACAGGCUGGCCUUGCUGCUGAGCAAAGAGCCGAGCUCCGGUCGCAGCUGAAGGCUGAGCGCGAGGCCAAGGAGGGAGCAGACGCUGCACUUUCCGCCUCUCGCUCCGAACUUGCCGCCGCCAACGACCACAUUGCCGACCUGCAAGCUCGUCUCCAAUCGCUUGGCGCCGCUUCGGCGCUCUCGUCCGAAGCCCGCUCCGAGGCCGGCAAGCAGCUUCGCGAGCUGGCCGCCGACCUUGCCGACGCUCGCGCUGCACACUCGGACGCUCUCGCCGAGCUCCGAGCCAAGGCUUCCGAGGUCGACGAGCUGAAGGAGUCGCUCAUGGUUGCCUCGGUCCGACUCGAAGCCGCCGACGACGCUGUUGCCAAGCUCCGCAGCGAGCUGGCUGCGCGAUCAACCGCGCUCGACGAGGCUCUUGCCCGCGUUGCCUCGCUCUCUGCCACCGCCGACGCCGCCCGCGCUACCGAGACUGCCGCCCGCUCACAGGCUCGCGAGGUCGAAGCGGCUGCUACUGCCAGGGUCGGCGAGCUCGAAGAGCUGCUUGUUGCGCAAGACGAUGCCAUGCGACAGCAGCGCGAGGCUCAGCUGAUGCAGGCUGCGAACCAGGAUGCGUAUGACGGCGCCCUGGCUGCCCUCGAUGAGGCCAAGCGCGAGAUCGAGAGUUUGCGGAGUGCCAACGCCGGGCUCGAGUCCCGUCUGGCUGCCGCCCAUGAUGAUGCUGUCAACGCGGUGCACGAGGCCAACAGCACGGCCGCGAGUGCAGUGUCGGCGGUGACAGCCGAGCGUGACGAGUGGGAGCGCUCAGCCAAGAGUGCCCAGGACAAGGUCGCGGCCUGGCGCGACGAGGUCCUCCACCGUGACAACACGAUUGCUGCACUGGAGGCCGAUGCCGCGGCGGCCGCCGCGUCCUUAGCCAAGGUUCAAGACGAACUGGCUGCCGAGCGCGCUCUGGUUGCCGGCCUCGAGACCGAGCUCGAGACUGCAAAGCAGUCUGUUGCCUGGCACGCCGCCGACAUUGCCAAGAAAGAUGCCGCGCUGGCCUCGCUCGAGGCCCAGCUUGACGACACGGCAGCGGCGCGGCGCAAUGAGACGUCGGCCGACGCCGCCAAGCGCGACUCGCUUGCUGCACAGCUGGCGGCCCUGUCGGCCGCGCACGCUACGCUCACCGCCGAAAAGGAGGCGCUCAUCACUGAGAUGGGCGCGCUCCGGGCCAAGCUGGCGGCGGCGCUGGGCGACGAGACUCGAGCGUCGUCAGAGGCCCACGCGUCGGUGGCAGCCGAGCGCGAGGCGGCACGGGCGGCACGGCGCGAUGCUGCGGCUGCCCGGCGGGAGCUAGAUGCCGCGCUUGCUGCUCGCGACGAGGCUGCCACCAAGGCAGCCGCUGCCGCCAUCGAGAUCGACCGAAUCCGGGCUAAGCUGGAGGCCUCGGCCUCGGCCUCGGGCUCGAUCCAAGACCAGGUCGAGGGCCUUGCCCUUGAGCUUACGGCGCGGCAAGAGGCUCAGCGAGCACUGCAGGCCGAGUUCAAUGAGCUGCUGGCGAGCAAGGACCACGCGCUGAGCAAGGCGACCGAGGCUGCUUCGGCCGAGUCGGCCAAGCUCGCUCUCCUUGCCGAGAAGCACGAGGAGGCGCUGGGUGAGCUCGAGGCGACACGAGCGCGAGUGGUCAAGCUGGAGGCAUUGCUUGCGUCGUCGUCGUCGGCGAUGGACAAGCAGAGCUCAACAGCGGCUGCGUCGAGCGCUGCGGUAGCUCAGUUGACCGACAAAGUCCGGGACGCGACGACGCGGAUUGCGAGCCUCGAGUCGGAGCUUGAUCACGAGCGGGCGUCUAAGGCGCUGCUAGCAACCUCGCUCGAAGCCAAGUCGCUGCAGGCCGAGUCGGCCAAGGCUGAGAUUGAGCGACUGACCGAGGUCAACGAGCAGCUCCGCCAGCGGCUCGAGCUGGAGCAAGCCGAGGUCCUCCUCCUCAAGCAAGAAGUGGAGCAGCUCCGGCUGCGCGGCGCGACCGAGUCGUCGCUGGCGCAGCUGCAGGAAGCCGAGAUCCGGCGCCUUGCGUCGCACAAUGCUUCGGCCGACUUUUCGGCUGCCCUCCUCCUCGAUCGAUCCAUGGCCGCCGAGUCGCAUGCGGCCGCAGUCACUGCGACCGCCGCCCAGCCACCGUCGCUCUCUCCAGCUGCCCGCCACACCGCCGCGGCCCACGAUGAUGACCUCGCCGCCAUGCGAAAGCGGCUCGAACACCAGCGUGCCCAGAUCCAGCGCUACCGCCAGUCUGUCCUCGAUGGCGUCGACGACGAAGAUGAUGGCGAUGGCGAUGACGACUAUGACGACGACUACGGCGAUGGUGACGACGACGACGACGAUGGUGACGACGACGAUGGCUACGAAUCACAGUCAUUCCUUGAGUAAACAUGACCCGACGACCAA